ACAAUACUACUGAGGGCAGCCUUAAAGCCCCUUAAAAAUAUCGAAUGUAGCAAAGUAUACACAAAUGAAACGGAUCGUAAACUACGGCUUGGACUUAAACCGCAUCAGAUAUGUGCUGUUGAUGAAAAGAUGGAUACAUGGAGAUUCAGGAGGGCCUCUACAAAUCAAGCUAAUGCAUAACGCCAGAGUAACACCUUUCGUCGUAGCUGUAACUUCCUUCGGUUUGGUUUGUGGCUUAUCCUCCCCAGGAGUUUACACUAGGGUUGCACCGUAUCACGAUUGGAUAGUAGAAACUAUGCAAAACAAUGGCGCAAUGGCUCCGAAUGAUGUUUACAAUGCCACAUUUUGUGCUCUGCGUUUUGUAUACCUUCGGAAUUUCGAAAAUUCUAUUAAGGCUCCUUUAUCCCUUACCCCAAAUUAUGUUAGCUUUAAUUCUGAAGAUAGAUAUAUGUUCUUGCAAAAUAACCUACAUAUUGUUCAAUUAGAAUGGAAUGGAGAAACAAACGAUUGUUAUGGUGUAAUCAUUGAUGAAGACACUGUAUUGACUCUCGCGCAGUGUGUUACACAUAAUAGGUAUCUAGCACACGUUCAUCCAAAGUAUGAACAAGAGAGUGGUUAUAAUAACAUAGCUAUUUUACGAUUGCAACACUUUGUCGAUGUCAAUAACAUCGACCCGGCUUGUCUAUCGCAAGAUGAAAUACCUUCUAGGGAAGUUAGAGCUCACGGCUCAGGACGUCGUGAUAUUAACAAAUUAGUAAAACAUGAUGAUAAUCUUAUGGAUCCCUCAAUAUCGUUCCUCACUCCACGAGUUCAUUUCCAAAACGCUUCAUCUUGCAUCAUCCCUAAACGGUAUCAACCAUUACUUCGCAAUGGCGGCAAUGACUUCGCAAUGGUCGCAAUGGGCAAAAUAUCAUAUAUUCCUCGUGCCGAAAUCUUGCGAUCUCGUAACUGGUGCAGCAGUUCAUGACGAAGCCCAUAGAGCGGCAGUGUGUAUCCGAUGGUGUACGGAUUGAACUUUCUGGGCAGGGACUGCGGUUUCGGGGAGCAUUCGAUAGCGAUUAGCAUGGCACAUCACGCCGAGUGGAUGAAGACCAUAUUAUUUUCGAAUUACAAAGAGUCGCAUGACACAUUACAGUUCGUCAACAUGGAUCAUCAAGAGGGAGAUUCUUGUACUAGAUAUGAUGGACGAUACGUUCCAGUUUCGAGCUGUUCAAGAGGAUGGAAACAAUUUGUGUCUAAUAGAACAAUUUAGUUGUGUGCAACCAGCUUUUUAGUUUGCUGUCCACUCAAUGACAUCGCGGAAACUCAGCAGAAUGUAACCCAUCGUUAGCUAGCUAGAUGUCCAAGUUUGUUGAAAAACCUCAUGAAAAAUAAAUCCUUGCCAGGAUCGCUCGUAUGGUAUCCUAAUUUAUAUGCCAAACCGUGAACACAUUGAUAUUUUUCUAGGUAUUCAUUGGUUGGCUCACAUCAAAAGGAAUGAAAUUUGGAUGUCUUGGUACAAUCAUAACGAAAAAAAUCGUUCUAAUAUAAGCCAGUUGUGUUGGGGAUGAAAACUCGGCCGCUGUUCAAACCGUAGGAAAUUUAGAGACUCAGAAAAUGUAUGAAGUAGAUGCAAUACUUGUACACUAUGCCUUCAAUGCUACCGAUGGAACCAAUGACAUUGCAAUGAUUCGUUUGCGAGAUACUUUGGUCUAGAGUUCAGAUCUAUUCCCAUCCUGUUUAUGGACCAAUACCACGCAUGUUCCUCUGGUCUUGCCAAUGGCUUCUUCCUGUAAACUCAAUAUUCUCCAAUUUUAGAUAAUUAAAUAUAAACAUUCACUAAGUUACAGUUACAGACGAUACCGGAGAUAUAGGAUAUACCAGGAUGGUGGCGAUGUACAAUACCGACUGCCAGAGAACUCACCCGUAUUAUAUUCAGGAUUCUCAACUUUGUACCAAGAAUCACAAUUACCCUUGUAAUAAUAAGAGUGAUCAUUUACGAUAUGAAAGCUCCAACGGAGUUUCUUAUAUUGUGGGGUUGUCAACAAAUUUUGAUAAAUGUGGGAACUCAUACUACAAGGUGUUCACUAGGAUUUCUAGUUUCGCACACUGGAUCGGAAUGAAUAUAUAAACAAUGAUCAUUUUAAUUUACUGUGAUCAUGAUGAUAAAAAAAGGAAAAAGAAAGAGGAGUCGGUGCCUAGGGGCGCGAUAAAGUGCUGGACGUAGGACUAUGAUCGUUGGAUAUAAUUACUUUCGAAAAAAGGUCUUAAUUAUUCAGAAAUCCGUAAAGUUAACAUUCUCAAUACUCCAAAUGGCGGCUCUGAAAAGAGUCGUUUCUUUGAAAUGAACAGGCGUCCUUCAAACGAGUUUAGAGAGUUAAAGUGGUAGGAAUAAACCAUAAAUUAUGAUGUCGUCUAUUUUCAAUAGUCAACUUUUGAAUGAAAAAUCGUUAUUGCAACACAAACACGAGAAACUCCACAUUCUCUUAUUAUUUUACAUCAAUGUUAACAAAUGUGCACAAAAACCAAAAAUCAUAAAACUGUAUCUACAGAAUUACAAAUUGAUCGACUCGUCUUUUUCCUUUAUUUAUUAUAUUUGGUGGAAGAGGACCAAUAAAGGUCUUGAUUAUAUAUAUGGGACGAUUGGCAUACCCCCGGCGAAAAACGAAG